CUUCCCAUCAACCUGCGGCUCAUCCUGCCUUUCCAUUGGCCUUUUAUUCCAGUGACAGGCGGCUAUUCCUGAACUCGUUUUAAUCGCAUCUAUUCCGCGUCUCUCUCGAUUCGAUCGGAAGCGACAGAGUUAAUUUCGCUCUUUUCCACACGCAGACGUCUAUUUACUUCGGAAUUAGACUGUGCUUUAUUGGUAGACGGUCGGUUGCGCUCUAAUUCAAUCAGCAGACAUCGUGCGGGAGGUGGGGCCACCGAACAGAACAGCGCUCGCAUCACACCGUUAUUUUCCUGUAAGUGCAUCCAAGAAACAUGAGUGAUUCAGAGAAACAAACAGUCUCCCUUAAAGACAAGGAUGGAGUGGAAAAAAGGGGACGAGGAAGGCCAAGGAAACAUCCAAAGGAAUCGAGCGGGUCGCCGACUGCGAAAAGACCAAGAGGACGGCCAAAAGGCAGCAAAAACAAAGGCCCAACAAAGAGAAAAUCAUCAGCUUCUGGCAGCAAACCUAAGGGAAGGCCAAAGAAAGAGGAAAAGGAAAAACCUCAGGACUCAUCUGAGGACGCUGAGGAAGAUGACGAUGAUGAGCAGUAACAAUCUAACCGGAGCACUACCUCAUACUCAACCAACCAAACAAACCAACCGUCUGCUCUCCAACC